AUCUCGAAAACAGCCCAUGCCAGAAUGCCGUUCAAUCUUCCCGGAACUUUGGUUCCUCUGCACUUACUCGUGAAUCCACGCUUGGUCGUACCCUCAGUGGUCGUCAGAGAUAUUCGCCAGCUUGAUUUCUUUGAGCUGCGGAAAGCAGGCUAUAGAGGUGCUGUAUUUGACAAAGAUAAUUGUCUGACAUUACCUCACAGGGACCAGCUCGUACCGGAAUUGACGGAUGCGUGGCGCGAGUGUCGAAAGACCUUCGGAGAGGGCAAUGUCCUCAUUGUGAGCAACUCCGCGGGAACGCGCGUGGAUCCAGGCGAGAUACAGGCUGAAUCUGUCACAUUCCAUCUCAGGGCCCCCGUGCUUCGUCAUAGCGCGUUCAAGCCGUCGUACUCGUGCAUCUCCUCCCUCCGAACAUACUUCUCGUCCCUGCCUGCGCCAAUACGGGACGAUGAGCUGAUCGUCGUCGGUGACAGAAUAUUCACGGAUGUCGUCAUGGCGAAUCGUAUGGCGAAGCGACGGCCAAAACGAGACGCCUCGACACCCACGAAUUCCGAAGAAUCCGCCGAGAAGCUGCAGCAAAGUAGUAUACCUGCAACUCCAGACGCCGCGUCGACAAAGAACCUACGGACAGGGCCGCUAUCUGUGUGGACAACCGGAGUUUGGGAACGUGAAAGCACGGGCAUGCGGUCCCUGGAAAAGUCGUUCAUGGGUGGCAUACGACGGUAUAUCUCGGCGGAUAACGGCGUGGAGGCGAAAGGCGGAGACAUCAGCAGAUUCAUCAGGCCUGACCCUGUUUCUGAGGACGUUUCGAAGGUGGAACGUGAGUCUUUCGUCAGGAGACUUUGGAAUAGGGUGCGGCGCACGUAAGAAGCGAGUGUAUGCGCUGUAGAUAUCAUUGUAAGUGGUGCGUGCCUUGUCCGGCUU